AUGGCGGGCAUAAUCCUUGUCGCCAUGGGGCUGUUUAUCGCGAUCGUAUCCAUGCUAGACGUCAUCGUCGCCGCGCUCUGCGCCACCGACCAGUGCCCCGAGGCGCUCAUGCUCUCCGCCGGCAGCGCCACGAUAGGCGGCAUAGCAAACAUGAUCGUGGCGCCCAUAUUCGGGAACCUUUCCGACAAGCACGGUCGCAAGCCCUUCCUGCUGCUCAGCAUCGCAUGCAUCACCAUCCCCAACGCCAUCCUUGCUACCAGCUCCAGUCGCCUAGCCCUUUCGCUGCUACCUACCACUCUUUCCCCCUCUCUCCACCUCUCCCCUCUCUCGUUCCCGCCCCUUCUCGAGCUCCCCUUGCUCUGUGCUCCCCCCGCCACACCAGCCCUGCUCUCUUCUCUUCUCACCCUGCUGCCCUGCAGCUCUCCCUUUUGUCCGCAUUUCUUAUUUCUCUUCCCCCUCUCUGCCUCCCUCCCUCCUGCCCGCCCACCGUCUCUCUUUCUCUCUAUCCACUGUACACUCUCUAUCCAGGCGGAUGUGACUGAGGAAACCGACAGGGCGGCGGCGUUUGGAGCCAUUUCCGGCACCACUUCUGUUGGCUUCCUCGCUGGCCCGCUCGUCGCCCGAUUCGUGCCUCCUGCCAUCACCUUCCAUGUGGCAACGCUGCUGUGCUCGUGCGGGUGGGCGUACAUUCUCAUCAUGGUGCCCGAGUCCCUGCCUGCCUCCCUACCUGAGUCCCCGUCUGAGUCCCUGCUCUCGCAACCCCUCCUGCGCAAGGCUGCCUCGCUUGCUGAUGUGGAGCGUGGUCAUUCUCUUGCUGCCGCCGAUGCUGCUGUGGCGGCUGUUGAUGGGGUGUGGUUUCCACGAGGGGUUUCCGAAGGGGGUGGCGGAGUGAGAAGUGGAAGAAGAGGAGUCAGUCGGGAGAGUACUCUUGCUGCCAUUGCUGCUGCUGUGGCGGCUGACGAUGGGGAGGGGAAUUCAGAAGGGGGUCAAGAAGGGGGUGGCGGAGUGAGAAGUGGAAUAGGAAGUGGAGGAGGAAGUGGAGGAGGCAGUCGGGUGAGUAUUCUUGCUGCCGCUGCUGCUGCUGUGGCGGCUGUUGAUGGCGUGGGGAUUGCGGGGGAGGGUCAAGAAGGGGGAGGGGGAGUGAGCAGAGGAGGAAGAGGUGGUGGUGGUGGCAGUGGGGGGGGUGUGGGGGAGAGGACUAGCCUGCUGGAAGGGUGUGGAGAUGGAGGGAAUGGGGAGAAGGGGGGAGGACGACAGGUAGGAGGAGGGGGAAGUGCAGGUGCAGGGCGGGGAGGGGCGAGGAGCGUGAAGCGAAGCAAGUCGGCAGUGUUGAUGCGAAGCAGAUCCACACUCAAGGAAGCCGCCAUGCACAUCAGAUUCUCCAGGUGCCCCCGCUGCCCUCUCACUGCCUCUCACUGCCUCUCACUGCUGGAGUGGCACUGCUUUGGCAAAUACCCGUACUUUUGUCGCCUCGUGUCCAUGCUGCUGCUCGUGGCCUUCCUGCAUGCCUUUGCAGACAACGGCCAAGUGGCCAACAUGCUUUACGUGUUCAAGGCCAAGUUCCACUGGGGCAAGAACGACUUCUCACUCUACACCGCUGGCAUCGGCCUCUUUGCCGUGCUCUCCCACCUCCUGCUGCUGCCCCUGCUGCUCAAGAUGCUCCCCCUUCCCUCCCUGCUCAUCCUCGCUAUUUCCAUCAACACCGUCCAUGUGGUCCUGUAUGGGCUCGCAUGGAAGCCAUGGGUAAGUUCCGCUGCCUACCCCACUCCAAUGCAAUCCACUCCGCACCCACCCACCACCUCUUCCCAUGCAACCCCCCAUACCUGCCUGCUGCACUGA